UCCCUCCUCCUCGCGCCGCCGCUGACGCUGACUGCCCGCGCAGGCCUCUGCGGGCCCCGCGCCCGGCCAUGGUGCCCAGCGAGGAGAGCCAGCUCGUCCCCAAAGAGGAUAUGUUUUGGAGUUGCAGACAGAGUAUCUUUGAUGAAAUGAAGAAGAAAUUUUCACAGAUAGAAAGUGCUGCUGAUGAACCCAGAGUGCUCUGUAUAAUACAAGAUACCACAAAUUCUAAGACAGUAAAUGAACGUGUUACUUUAAACCUGCCAGCUUCCACUCCACUGAGAAGGCUGUUUGAGGACGUGGCCUCUAAAGUGGGCUAUGUUAAUGGAACUUUUGAUUUAGUUUGGGGAAAUGGAGUCAAUGUUGCUGAUAUGACUCCAUUAGAACAAAACAGUGACAAAUCUAUUCUUGAUGCUGGUUUUGAACCAGGAAAAAAGAAUUUUCUCCACUUGACAGACAAAGAUGGUGAACAGCCUCAUAUAAUGUCGCAGGAAUGUAGUUCAACAGAUGAUGGUACACAAGAUAGAUUUAUAGGUCCUCUUCCAAGAGAAGGCUCUGUUGGUUGUACCAGUGAUUACGUUAGUCAAAACUACUCAUACUCUUCAAUCCUGACUAAAUCAGAGACAGGCUAUGUGGGAUUAGUAAAUCAAGCAAUGACUUGUUAUCUGAACAGUCUUCUACAAACACUUUUCAUGACUCCUGAAUUCAGAAAUGCAUUAUACAAGUGGGAAUUUGAAGAGUCUGAAGAAGAUCCGGUGACAAGCAUUCCUUACCAACUUCAAAGACUGUUUGUUUUAUUGCAAACCAGCAAAAAAAGAGCAAUUGAAACUACAGAUGUUACACGGAGUUUUGGAUGGGAUAGUAGUGAGGCAUGGCAGCAGCAUGACGUACAGGAACUAUGCAGAGUUAUGUUUGAUGCUUUGGAGCAGAAAUGGAAGCAAACAGAGCAGGCGGAUCUCAUAAAUCAGCUGUAUCAAGGCAAACUGAAGGACUAUGUAAGAUGUCUGGAAUGUGGCUACGAGAGCUGGAGAAUCGACACUUACUUGGAUAUUCCUUUGGUCAUCCGGCCUUAUGGCUCCAACCAGGCAUUUGCUAGCGUGGAGGAAGCUCUACAUGCGUUUAUUCAGCCUGAGAUCCUUGAUGGUCCCAAUCAGUAUUUCUGUGAACGCUGUAAGAAGAAAUGUGAUGCCAGGAAGGGGUUACGAUUUUUGCAUUUUCCAUACCUGUUAACCUUACAGCUGAAGAGAUUUGACUUUGAUUAUACCACUAUGCAUAGGAUUAAACUUAAUGACCGUAUGACUUUUCCUGAAGAGCUAGAUAUGGGCACAUUCAUUGAUGUUGAAGAUGAGAAGUCUCCUCAAACAGAGAGUUGCACUGAUAGUGGAGCAGAGAAUGAAGGCAGUUGUCACAGUGAUCAAAUGAGCAAUGAUUUCUCAAAUGAUGAUGGAGUUGAUGAAGGAAUCUGCCUUGAAACCAAUAGCGGUGCAGAAAGAAUUUCAAAAGUUGGCAGUGAAAAGAAUUCUUUAUUGUAUGAACUCUUUUCUGUUAUGGUCCAUUCGGGAAGUGCUGCUGGUGGCCAUUACUAUGCCUGUAUAAAGUCCUUUAGUGAUGAUCAGUGGUACAGCUUCAAUGAUCAGCACGUUAGCAAGAUAACCCAAGAAGACAUUAAAAAGACGUACGGUGGAUCAUCUGGAAGCAGAGGCUAUUAUUCCAGUGCUUUUGCUAGCUCCACGAAUGCGUACAUGCUUAUAUAUAGACUGAAGGAUCCAACAAGAAAUGCAAAAUUCCUUGAAGCACAUGAAUAUCCAGAGCACAUUAAGCAACUGGUACAAAAAGAACGAGAGUUAGAAGAGCAAGAAAAAAGGCAACGUGAAAUUGAGCGCAAUACUUGCAAGAUAAAAUUGUUCUGCAUGCAUCCUGUAAAACAGAUAAUGAUGGAAAAUAAAUUAGAAGUUCAUAAGGACAAAACACUGAAAGAAGCAGUAGAAAUAGCCUACAAGAUAAUGGAUUUAGAAGAAGCAGUUCCUUUGGAUUGUUGUCGUCUUGUUAAAUAUGAUGAGUUCCAUGAUUAUUUGGAGCGAUCAUAUGAAGGUGAAGAGGAUACGCCAAUGGGAAUCUUACUUGGAGGAGUCAAAUCAACCUACAUGUUUGACCUGCUUCUAGAAACAAAAAGACCUGACCAAGUUUUCCAGUGCUAUAAACCUGGUGAGGUCAUGGUAAAGGUUCAUGUGGUUGACCUAAAGACAGAAUCUGUUGCUCCGCCUAUCAGUGUCCGAGCCUAUUUGAACCAGACAGUUACUGAAUUCAAACAGCUUAUUUCAAAGGCUACUUACCUGCCUGCUGAAACAAUGCGGGUAGUGCUAGAACGUUGCUACAAUGACUUGCGCCUUCUCAAUGUUGCCAACAAAACACUGAAAGCAGAAGGCUUUUUUAGAAGUAAUAAGGUGUUUGUUGAAAGUUCAGAGUCUUUGGAUCGCCACCUGACUUACACAGAUUCUCAGUUAUGGAAACUUUUGGAUCGUCAUGCAAAUACAAUAAGACUGUAUGUUUCAUUACCAGAACAGUCUCCUGGAUCUCAGUUUAAAAGAACAGUUUACCAGAAAGCUAGUGGAGAUUCAGGUAAUUUGGAUGAAGUUUGUGAAAAAGUAAAAGGUUCUGUAGGUAAUAUGAAAUCUGUAGAGGCUAUCCUAGAAGAAAGCACUGAAAAACUCAAAAGUUUGUCACUGCAGCAGCAGCAGGAGGGAGACAACGGAGACAGCAGCAAGAGCACAGAAGCAAGUGACUUUGAAAACAUUGAGUCGCCUUUGAAUGAGAGAGAUUCUUCAGCAUCAGCAGAACACAGAGAACUUGAAAACCAAAUUCAGAUUUCUGAUCCAGAAAACUUCCAGUCAGAGGAGCGAUCGGAUUCUGAUGUGAAUAAUGAUAGGAGCACAAGUUCUGUGGACAGUGAUAUUCUUAGUUCUAGUCAUAGCAGUGACACUUUAUGUAAUGUUGAAAAUGCCCCCAUCCCUUUGGCUAAUGGACUUGAUUCUCAUAGUAUCACAAGUAGUAGGAGAUCUAAAGCAAAUGAAGGAAAAAAGGACACCUGGGAUACAGCUGAAGAAGAUUCUGGAACUGAUAGCGAAUAUGAUGAAAGUGGCAAGAGUAGAGGAGAAGCGCAAUAUAUGUACUUCAAGGCAGAACCCUAUGCUGCAGAUGAAGGUUCAGGAGAAGGACAGAAAUGGUUGAUGGUGCAUGUUGACAAAAGAAUUACACUGUCUGCUUUCAAGCAACACUUGGAGCCCUUUGUUGGAGUUCCAUCCUCUCACUUCAAGGUCUUUCGCGUCUAUGCCAGCAAUCAAGAGUUUGAGAGUGUUCGGCUGAAUGAAACACUUUCAUCAUUUUCUGAUGACAACAAGAUAACUAUUAGACUUGGAAGAGCACUUAAGAAGGGGGAGUAUAGAGUCAAAGUGUACCAGCUUUUGGUAAAUGAAACAGAGCCAUGCAAGUUUCUUUUAGAUGCUGUUUUCGCUAAAGGAAUGUCUGUUCGGCAGUCAAAAGAGGAACUACUCCCUCAGCUCAGAGAGCAGUGUGGGUUAGAUCUAACCAUUGACAGGUUUCGCUUACGAAAGAAAACCUGGAAGAACCCAGGCACUGUAUUCCUCGAUUAUCAUAUUUAUGAAGAAGAUAUUAAUAUUUCAAGCAACUGGGAGGUUUUCCUAGAAAUACUUGAUGGAGCAGAAAAAAUGAAAUCCAUGUCACAGCUUGCUGUUUUGUCAAGACGAUGGAGACCAUCUGAGAUGAAGCUGGAUUCUUUCCAGGAAGUAGUGCUGGAAAGCAGCAGUGUUGAUGAAUUAAAAGAGAAGCUUAGUGAAAUAAGUGGCAUACCCUUAGAAAACAUAGAAUUUGCAAAGGGUAGAGGAACAUUUCCUUGUGACAUUUCAGUACUAGAGAUCCACCAGGACCUGGACUGGAAUCCUAAAGUAUCUACACUGAAUGUCUGGCCUCUCUACAUUUGUGAUGAUGGCGCAGUAAUAUUUUAUAGGGAUAAAACUGAAGAAUUAAUGGAAUUGACAGAUGAGCAGAGAAAUGAACUAAUGAAAAAAGAAAGCAGCAGACUCCAGAAAACUGGACACCGUGUAACCUACUCCCCUCGUAAAGAAAAAGCACUAAAAAUUUAUCUGGACGGAGCACCAAAUAAAGAUUUGACUCAAGACUGACAUUUGCUAUAGAGCAUGUUCCCCGGGGAAUUUUUUUUUGUUUUAAAUAAAAAAAGGUUCACUACUACUGUGUAGUGCCAUUAUGGCAGGACACUCAUUAGGUGUAAAACAAUGACACCAGCACUGAUUGGGCUGCGGUUUACCGAUCAGAAGCUCAGUGCCCAGUUGGGUCACUGUUUGACUUGGAAUCAUGUUGUGCACUAUAGUCAAAUGUACUGUAAAGCUAAAAGGGAUGUGCAAAUAAAAGAACAGAAAAACGUGGGGCGGGGGAGGGAAAUAAGUGGAAAUUAUUACGGACAGUGUGCACAUAAUAGCUAGUAAAACUAGCCUCCAACAGGAUACUCAUAGCUUAAUAAUAAAAGCUGUGCAAAGGCCAUGAAUGAAUUCUUUUUCUGUUUGUUUCACUGAUACACACAUUACCUCAUUGAAGAUUCGGAAGCAAAUGUAACACAUUGGCUCUUAGAAAACAAUAAAAAUGCGGUCAGGAUGUCAUGGAAUUCUCAGAACCCAGCUCUAAAAGUGUAUGGUUUUAGAAGAAUCCUUAGAAUAUUCUUCCACAAGAGAGAGAUCUUUAGAAAGUUACUAGCCAGUGUUGGCUUAUUCUGCUGAAGUAUUGUAAGGUAACUGUGUUUUAAUAGGUUAUGGAAGCUGAAGAGCAAUUUUAUUAUAUUGCGUUUAAUGUGUAAAUGAAAUCUACCCUAUCCAGUUAAUGGAACUGCAGUUCAGCUAUUUACUGUGGUAUUUCUUUUCACAUAUCAACAUCCAUUGUGUACAUUUGAAAGUAUAGCUGCCUAUUUAAAUUUGUAUUCAUUUUAUGUUUGGCAAUGCUGGGUACUUUAGGCUUGUAUUUCCCCUUGUUAAUGAGUUUUUUGUUCAGCUAGUUAUUUUUGUACAUCUUGUUUUUGAAGACUUCAUUAUAAGUUUGCAUCUUCUAGUCCCAUUGCAAGCCACACUUUAAUUUUUCCUGGAGUUGAUUCAUAGUUGUGUGUAGUUUAAACCUAUUUGGGCAACUUCUAACCUCACAGUAUAAACUUGCUGGUAGUUCAGAUUGUGGUGCAAAGGCUGAUACAGUCAACAUGAUUUCAUUGCAAAGCUGAGGAACAGCAAGUUUUUGCUUUGCUACAUAAAGAUCAGUUGAGAACAAUUCUACAUAGUUUUUGGAAAUACCAUCUAAUUUAUAACAAUCAAAAAGUUUUGGUAAAUUUUUUCAUGCCAGAUGCUGUUUACAACAAUGAACAUGCCAAUAAAACAUUUGUUCAUUUGGUUGUGUUAUUUUAA